AUGCUACGAUUCAGUCACAACGUCCGCGACUUCUCGCAACCGAGCGAUAGUCGGAUUGGAGAUGAGGACUCAAGCGAGGAAAGGAAAGUCAAGCCGCCGCAGAUGAAACCUGAUGGAGGGGGCAUACGUACGCACCUGGAUGGUGACGAGAGCAUGGCUUUCGUCUAUGACUUCAUGGCAGCUCACAAGUUUGCGCCGGCGUACCUCAAGGCCACACUUGCGAAAGAGAAGCUGUUUGUGGAGGAGCAAGAGAGGGAGGAAACACGAAUUGCCAUGGCGCUAAUACAAGUCUUCGACUAUAUGGUUUGGUAUGGGGUUGCAUACGGCUAUGUCGCCGCCGUAGCUCAACUGGCCAGCUUUUGCCUGUUGAGUCUUCGAUCUGAGGCGCUCAGGGGAAAUUCACUCGACUCGGCGUUGCAGAAGGCAAGGAAAGAGCUGAAAAAAUGGGGGGAACAGUACGAGGAUGCAGGACAGAUGGCUCGGAGUUCCAUUCGUCGCAGGAACGAGGACGAUGACGAAGAUAGUCCGGAGGGCGAUCCAUCCCGGACUUGGACAAGGACCGACGCGAAUGAACGGAGAGAAGGUCCGUCGAGCGGCGGCUGUGGGGACGAGGAGGCCGAGACGUCCAAUCCGGGUCCCGCCAGGCAAUACUGCACCCAGGCCUGCUUGUUGAGCCUCAAAAGAGGCUGGGAUCUCGACGGCAGCUGCCCCAACGUGCUCUCGCAUCGCACCACCGCAGGCGGUAUCCGACACCCCAUCGACGCCGGCGAGUUCACCCGCCUGGUGGGUGAGCGGCUGCGCCAGAAUCCAUAUCAAAACUGCAAGGCGCUGGACGGCCGGGGCAAGGUUGGGGCGACAGGGAUACUCUUCAAGCUGGAGCUGGCGCCGUACGGCUACACAUUUGUCGGGAAGGGGACGCUGUUGGAUCAUCUCCACCGCCUAGAGCACGAGAGCCGUAUCUACGCACAUCUUGACAGGCUCCAGGGCGAAGUGGUACCGGUGCACUUAGACAUCGUCCGACUGACUAGGGGUUACGUCCUCCCGGGCGGGGCAAGGGUCGUCUACAUGAUGCUAAUGUCGUGGGGCGGCGAGGUGGCCGUGGAGGUAGGGGUGCCGGACCUAGCGGCUGAGGUGAGGCGCUCCUCGCAGGCCGUCUGGUCCGAGGGCGUCGACCACGGUGACGAGCGCGAACCCAACCUGCUCUGGAACGACGAGCGCCGCCGCGUCAUGCUCGUCGAUUUCGACCGCGCCAACCUCCUUCCAGCUCCCAAACACAAGCAGCUAUUUCAGUUAUCCCGGGAUAAGAGGAAGCGGCAGAGAGACGGGUUUGAAGCUCGUAGCAGGAAUCGUGGCUUGCUAGGAGAUCAUUUGCAAGUUGUGGAAUAG